GUGGAACGCAAAUGCAGCAUUGCUGGUGACGUUGCGGAAGAAAGAUAAACAUGGCGUCCGGGCAGCAAUGGGUGUUGGUGGAAAUGGUGCAAGCCUUUUACGAGGCUCCUGCUUAUCACCUGAUUCUGGAGGGGAUCCUCAUUCUGUGGAUCAUCAGGCUUCUUUUCUCUAAGACCUACAAACUUCAUGAAACAUAUAGACUGACAGAGAAGGAAAAGGAGGACCUGAUUGAAGAGUGGCAACCAGAGCCUCUCGUUCCCCCCAUCUCCAAAGAGCAUCCCUCCCUCAAAUAUGAUGUUGUGACAGGACCGCCUAGUCACAAAAUCAUAAUCAACGGAAAAGAGUGCAUUAACUUUGCAUCCUUUAACUUCCUGGGUCUCCUCGACAAUGAGCGCGUUAAGCAAAAGGCUUUAUCAUCACUGAAGAAAUAUGGUGUGGGCACGUGUGGUCCGAGAGGCUUCUACGGGACCUUUGAUGUCCAUUUGGAGCUAGAGAGUCGUCUGGCCAAGUUUAUGAAAACAGAAGAGGCCAUCAUCUAUUCAUAUGGCUUUGCAACUAUUGCUAGUGCCAUCCCUGCCUACUCCAAGAGGGGGGACAUCAUCUUUGUGGAUGAGGCAGCUUGCUUCUCCAUCCAGAAAGGUCUUCAGGCAUCCCGCAGCUUCAUCAAAUACUUCAAACACAACGACAUGGAGGAUCUGGAACGGCUGCUGAAGGAGCAGGAGCUGGAGGACCAGAAGAAUCCUCGUAAAGCUCGUGUGACCCGGAAGUUCAUCGUGGUGGAGGGGCUGUAUAUCAACACUGCAGACAUCUGUCCUCUUCCUGAACUGGUGAAGCUCAAGUACAAGUAUAAAGUGCGGAUCUUUUUGGAGGAGAGCAUGUCGUUUGGUGUGCUGGGAGAGCACGGCCGAGGCGUCACAGAGCACUUCGACGUCAACAUAGAUGACAUCGAUCUGAUCAGUGCCAACAUGGAGAAUGCUGUGGCCUCUAUCGGAGGCUUCUGCUGCGGACGCUCCUUCGUCAUCGACCACCAGCGCCUCUCAGGCCAAGGCUACUGUUUCUCCGCCUCACUGCCUCCAAUGCUGGCUGCUGCUGCCAUUGAGGCUCUCAACAUCAUGGAGGAAGAUCCAGAUAUUUUCACUGUCCUGAGAGAAAAGUGCAAGCAUGUUUACAACGCUUUACAGGGAACUCCAGGUCUGAAGUUAGUAGGAGUACCAUUUGCCCCGGCUCUUCACUUACAGCUGGAGAAAAGUUCAGGCUCCAGAGAAUCCGACAUACAGCUGCUCCGUUCUAUUGUAGAUUAUUGUUUGGAAAGACAUGUGGCUCUGACUCUGGCUCGAUACUUGGAAAAAGAGGAGCGCUUCCUCCCCCCACCCAGUAUCAGAGUGGUGGUCACCAUCGAACAGACGGAGGAUGACAUCCAGAAGGCUGUGUCUUGCGUCAAAGAAGCAGUUUCAGCCCUUCUCAAGUGACAUUGUAGUGUUAAUCAUUGCUGAACAUAAGCAGACGUCACUGGGGCUUUAUCAGGAGCCCCACUCCGUUGUUUAGGUAGGACAUCACUGUGAGGGCAACACUCCCACCGAACGCUCUCAUCCACAGACUGUGAGCUCUACACACUGAAUGUGUCAUGAGGACCUCGUCUAAUAAAUACACGACUCCUGGCCUUUUUAAUCGUCUUUUAUUCAUUUGCCUUUUUUCAUUUUGAUCAUGUCUUAUAAAACACUUUGCUGUUUGUGUGUGUGGGCCUACAGCAGGACUGACCGUGCUUGUCUUUCUCCUAUGAUUAAGAAUGGCACCCAUGAAAUACUAAACUAAAAAUGUGAUGAUGAGAACUAGACUUGAUAUCCACAGACCAAAUGACAUGUUGCUUUUUAUGUACUGACCAAAGAGGAGACUCUGUGCCCAUUGUGUUAUUUAAUAUGUCUGCAGUCUACUAGUACAGAAAAUGUAUGGUUGUGUUUUUAUAUGCCACUGAUUGUUUUACUGCAAAUACAUUGAUUUUUACUUCUGCAUUAUUUGAUCUGUUUUUCAGUUGAUGUUACUUUUCUUAUGCGAGAGGUCACUGCAUCUCUGGCCACUUUUAUCAAAAGUAAAUGUAUCUGAUUCAAAA